AUGUACUCCAAGGUCGCCCUGAUCGCCUGCCUAUUCGGCAUUGCCCGUGCCAGUGGUAACGCUGCACUUGGAGUUCCUGGCACUGGCUUGGCAGGACUUGGCUACGCCGGUGGCAACGCUCUCGGCGCGAAUCUGGGCCAUGGUAAUCUGGGCGGCAACGGCCUAGUAUCAGAAUACAAGUACAGCAUCUCUCAUCCUCCCACCGCAAAUGCCCAUGGCAUCAACGGAUACAACGCGGGUCUUGGCUAUGGAGCUGGUUUUGGCGGACUUGGCUAUGGAGCAGGACUUGGCCAUGCAGGAGGCCUUGGCUACAGCAACGGACUUGGCCAUGCAGCAGGCCUUGGCUACAGCAACAGACUUGGCUAUGGCGCUGGUUUAGCCCAUGGAGCUGGUCUGGGCUACGGAAAUAGUCUUGAAUAUGGCAACGGAUUGGGCUACAGCAACGGCCUUGGUUACGGCGCUGGGCUAGGCCACGGUGCUGGCUAUGGCGCUGGUCUUGGCUACGCCGGUCGCAACUCAGCUCUCGGCCACGGCAACCUUGGCCGCAACGGCGCUGUAGUAUCAGAGUACCAGGUUAGCGUCACUCAUCCUCCCACCGUGAAUGCCCAUGGCGCCAAUGGCGCGUAUGGCGCCGGUGCUUACGGCGCAGGUGCCUAUGGCGCUCGUGCUCACGGCGCCGGUGCCUAUGGCGCUGGAGCUUACGGCGCUGGAGCUUACGGCGCUGGUGCCUAUGGCGCUGGUGCCUAUAGCGCUGGUGCCUACGGCAAUCCUGCCUACAAUCAGGGAUCCUACAAAAUCGACGCUUACGGUGCCAACUACGCUAACGCCGGUUGGUAA